GACCCUGGGACACAGUACCGCAGAAAAUGGCGGAUGAACGUACACCACGUCUGACUUACUUUGCUGGCAGGGGUUUUGCUGAGCCAAUAAGACUCGCUCUGGUUGCUGCUGGAAUCGAGUAUACAGACAACUAUCUGGAGACAAGGGAUGACUUUUUGCAGCUGAUCAAAGAUGGAAAGCUGAUGUUUAAACAGGUUCCACUCUUGGAAAUAGAAGGGAAGACUCUGAUCGGGGGUGAGCCCAUACUGCGCUUCGUGUGCCGUAGAGGGCGUCUCGAUGGCAAGACCGAUGAAGAGAAAACAAAGAUAGAUAUGUUGACGAUGGGUGCAAAAGACCUAGCUUGGCCGAACAUAAUCAAUUCUAAAUUCGACGAGGUCCAAGUAUCGAAGGAGAAAUGCGAGGAGGAUAUUAAGAGUGCCUUCAGAGAGUGCCGACAGAGAUAUCUCCCUGUGUUUGAAAAGGUACUUUCGGAGAGCAGUUCCGGGUUUUUGGUUGGGGAAUCACUGUCGAUGGCAGACAUCAUGGUCUUCGAUGCGUUGGCUUACGUCAAAGAAAUACCCGAACUCCAGCCUUUACUGGCCGACUUUCCACGAUGUGCGGCUUUCAUCGAGCACUUCUCGAAUCAGCCGAUGAUCAAAGCUUAUCUUGCCAGUCCCCGGCGACAUCCUCCGACCGAUACGAAGCAUGCUACCGAUGUCUGUCGCAUCUUGGGCUGGUUAACGUAAAUUCCGGUCAGAAAUACUGCGGUUGUAGGCAAUGGAAAACCGCGGUAAAAUGCGCAAAAGAUGGAGUUGUUACAAGGCUCAAAUAAACAGUUGCGAUUAACACUGGUGAUAAUGAUGACGACGAGGACGAGAAGGAAUUAAAAAAAAAAUGUUAUAUGGGUAUUUAUUCUAUUCGUAUUUACACGUUUCUUUUUCAAAUGUAUAUUCCAAUUUAAAUUCUCGAUAAUCUUUUCCGGAUGGACUUCUUAUAAGUAUAUAUUCAUAGAUACACCAAAAGGCAACUGUAAGGAACAAAUCU